AUGACCAACACGGUUGCGGCGCUCGUUCGGCUGGGCCCUUUUGCCCAGCAACUGCACACCAUUGUGCGAUGGCGUGAUAUCAAGACCCAACAGCAUACGAAUGCGCUGGCCAUUGUGGGAAACCCCGAGCUGGCCCUCGCGGGGCAGUCCGCUGGCCUUGACCUUGUGCUGUUCUAUAUUCAAUUCUACUCCUAUCAGGUCACAGCCAUGGCGACGUUCUUCUGGGCCGCCGCACUCGCACAGUCCAUCUUUCAACUCAGCUUCAUUGAAUCCUUCAGAGGCAAAGCCAACCCCGUUUCGAAAGUCAUCGCGGUCAUUUUACCGGCUGUCAUGCUCAGCCUCCUCCGCAUUGAUGCCAUCCAGACCAAUACGGUCUUGUUCAUCGGGAUAGCAGACUUUCUGCUCCUUACUUGUAUCUCCGGUAGUAUCAUCAUAUUACUGAUUAUUCUCGUGAAAUACAUUCACGUGCGCAGAAAUGUGCUGUCGUGGAACGUGAACUACGGCAAGCCAUCCGAGGGGUCCGUCGAUAACGUCACCGUCUCGAGCGGCGUCCGGCCGCGGCGCCAAAGCAUAUAUGACAAGUGGCUCGUCGUGCGCUUUACAAUCGCCGCGCUCGCCAUGAGCGCCUUCCAGAUGGUGACCAUCGUCUUCCAGGUCAGCGCGUCGCGGCGCAAUAACCUCGAAUCCAUAGGGACCGAGCCCGACCUCGGCAUGGACCGACUGCAGUCCGAUCUGCUCGUCUUCAUCCCCGGCGUGACGGCCAGUCUCUUGACGUUUGUCGUAUUUGGCACAACCAAGACAUUCCGCGACUACAUGCGGUCGCACUUUGUGCCCAAGCCACUGCGCAACGGCCUCCGGCUGCGACACCGAGGCUCGCAGCGGCUCGAGUCGGAGCCGCCUACUCCUGGGCUGCAAUUUCGAAAUGACGUCCCGGACCUGGAGCAAUACCCGGCGCCGUCCUAUCAGCAGGGGAUCAGGCUGAGCGAUAUCCAUGUGGACAGGCAGGGCAAUGGUGGUGGUGCCAUGGAAGAGUGGCCCAUGAAAGGGGCUCCCACGUCAGCACCAAACGGGAGGAUGACAGUGACUCGAAUAUGA